AUGUUCAACACUGUGAGCCGUCGUGUUGUUGCUGGUAAUAAGCAAACAACUUUCCAAGCCGGAAUGAUCGUCAGACAAUUCUCCCAAAAAUUGAAUCAACAACAAAAUGGAGUUGCAUCCUUGUCUGUUGAAAAAUUCCAAGAAGAAAUGCAAAAGGCUGGCAUUCAAAGAGGUUAUGUUGUUUAUGAUGCUGAAAAGCAACAAGUUGUGACUAGUCAUCCACUUUUUGCUCAAUUGGGUGAAUUUAUUUCAAAGGAUAAGAGAGAUUUCUUGAAGCAUGAAGCUUGUUUCUUCCAAGUUGGUCCAAAGUCUAACCUCUUGUUCUCUGCUUUCCUCCAUAAAUCAAACAGAGGUUUGGCACACGGUGGUGUCAGAUUGUGGAAGUACAAUUCUAUGGAAGAUUACGUUAGAGAUGGUUUGAGAUUGAGCUUGGGUAUGACUAGAAAGAAUGCUCUUGCUGGUUUAUGGUGGGGUGGUGGUAAGGGUAUCAUCCAAAAGACUGAUGGUGCUACUUAUGCUAAUGAUGUUACUCGUGAUGUCAUCUUUGGUGAAUACGGAAAGUUCCUUUCUUCAUUGAAGGGUGCCUACUAUGGUGCUGAAGACGUUGGUCUCACUACACCAGAUUGUGAUAGAAUGCACAAUUCUUCUCGUUUCGUCAGUUGUUUGUCACAAGGUAUUGGUGGUUCUGGUAACCCAUCUCACUCCACUGCCAUUGGUACUGUCUGUGGUAUGGAAGCUGCUGUUAAUUUCCUCGGUAUGGGAGAUUUGAGUGGAAAGAAGGUUGUCGUCCAAGGUGCUGGUAAUGUUGCUAGCUUCAUUGUUGAAGAACUCGUCAAGAGAAAUGUUGGUAAGGUUAUUGCUACUGAUAUCGACAAGAACUUGAUUGCCAUGAGAAAGGAACAAUUCAAGCAUGCACCAAAUGUUGAAUUCAGAGUUGUUGCUCCAAACGAUUUGAGCAUCUUUGCUGAACCAUGUGACGUUUUUGCUCCAGCUGCUUUGGGUGGUAUCAUCAACUCUACUACCAUUCCAAUGCUCAACUGUAAGAUUGUCUGUGGUGCUGCCAACAAUCAACUUUUGGAUCCUGUUGAACAUGAUCACAUGAUUAAGAAUCGUGGUAUCAUUUAUGUUCCAGAUUACUUGAACAACCGUAUGGGUAUUGUCAAUUGUGCCAAUGAAUGCUUUGGUUAUGUCAAGAACGACCCAGCAAUUUUGAAACACUUCGGUAGAGAUUGGGACAAUGCUGUCUAUGUUAUUGCUUCCCGUAUUUUGCAAACUUCUAGAGAUCAAAAUAUUCCAACUGGUCUUGCUGCCAACAAGUUGGCUGAUGAAUUCAGUGAAAUGGAAAAUCCAAUCAUUGGUCACCGUGGUUGGUCCAUUGUUAAGAGCUUGAUUGAAGACAAGUGGGAAAAUGGUCAACUCUAA